AUGGAGCAGCUCGUCCCCCUUCCCCCAAUAACUAAACUCUCCCCGCUCACAACCCGUAUCCUCGGUCAAAACCCCGGAAAGUUCACGCUACAAGGAACGAACACUUACCUGCUCGGCACGCGUCCUCCCUACAUCCUGCUCGACACGGGGGAGGGGAAAGACGCCUACAUCUCUCUAUUGGAGGAGGUACUCAUGAGCUCCUCGAACUCGGGUGCGCAGCUGGUGAGCGAUGUCGUCCUUUCUCAUAAGCAUGCGGACCAUCAUGCCGGUCUCCCGUCGGUGCUUUCCCUGCUCGCUGAGCAUCACUCCCCUGCUCCGGUGAUCCACAAAUUCCCACUCUCCUCCCCGGACCCGGUCGUAGAAUCCACCCGGCUGCAGCUCCCAGCUCAAGAGAGAACGUGGGCUGACCUCUCCGACGGUCAGGUACUCAGGGGAGAGGGAGUGACCCUGCGUAUCCUGUACACGCCGGGUCAUACGGAGGACUCGAUCUGCCUGUAUUUGGAGGAAGAGGAGGCGCUCUUCACGGCUGAUGCGGUGCUGGGGCAGGGGACGACGGUGUUCGAGGACCUGGGGGCGUAUAUGUCGAGCUUGCGCUUGCUGCUAGAACGGUUUCCGCGCGCGGAACACGUGUACCCUGGACAUGGGCCGGUCGUCGAAAGGGGAAGAGGGCAUAUAGGGCAGUAUAUCGCCCAUCGAGAAGAGAGGGAAGAGGAGAUACUUGCUGUCCUAAGACAGAGAGGGGGGACAGUGAGGGAGAUCGUGAGAGUCGUGUAUGCUCGGUAUGAGGAGAGUUUGUGGGGAGCAGCGGAGAGGGGCGUGAGGCUGCAUUUGCUCAAGUUGGAGGGGGAGGGAAGGGUGCGUAGGGUCGGAGAGAGGUGGGAGGUGGUAUAG